AUGAGGGCCAAGUGGAAGAAGAAGAGAAUGAGGAGGCUCAAGAGGAAGCGCCGAAAGAUGCGGCAGAGGCCAAGUGUAGCUCCGUCGUUGCAGCUCUGCCCGUGCCCGAGGCCGCAACGGAACAGCUGCCCGCCUUCCUCCAUGCGACGGAGAGUUGCUUGCUCGGCCUCGGCGGCCGACGCCGACGUGGUCGACCUCUUCGACGCCGCUAAGCUCACUGUGGACAAGUUCGUGAGCAGCGGCAUGGUGGUGGGGCUAGGCUCCGGCCCGGCGUCCGCCCUGGCGAUCCAGUACCUCGGCACGCGCCUUCGCCGGGGAUCUCUCACCGGCAUCGCCGCAGUCACCUCGUCCGUGCUCAGUGCGAACGAGGCAGACAUGGCAGGGAUACGGGCUAGCAGCUAUCAGGAAGGCACCCAGAUUGAUUUUGCUUUCACUGUUGCUGAAGUGAUCGAAGAGGGCACCCUGGCUGCAGUCAUUGGGCGGCGCAAGACCGAGAGUGGAGAGCCCUCUUUCAUGGCGGAGAAGGCAAUGGCUAAAUCAGCUGACAAGCUUGCCUUCAUCACUGGAAAUGACAAAUAUGUGACGGGCGUCGAGGGUUCCAUCCCGGUCCUGGUUAAAAGUGGAAACUGGAUCGACACUGCCAAAGAGAUCGACGAUUUGUUUCUUGGAGAUGCAGAGGUUUGGAGGAGGCCGUCGUUUGGAACUACCGGUCCACUAGGGGGUGAGCACCCAUUGGUUACCAAGGAGGGCCAUCACGUAUUCGAUGUUAUCUUCACAACUCCAAUCCCAGAUCUUGGUCAGGUAGCAGAGAAGUUGGACAAAAUUGAUGGCAUUGUGGAUCAUGGGAUCAUUUGGAGCAACCAGUAA